UAUGCAUGGUUCUAUGUAUUUAGGAGGUGCAUAAGUAUACUUUUAUCAUAGUCGGCAGGUGCGGUCAGUGAUGAGCAUGCGGGAAGGUUCUUUAUUCUAUGGGAAACCUCUCGGAUGUCGUCUAUGUGAUGUCACGGAUGUCGCUGCGUGUGCCUCAGCUAGCUGAAGAGCGGGCUUUUUUGUGGCCUGUUUCAAGCUUGGCGCCCAUCGCAUCACUCAUUCGUCGUUCUUCAGACAGCAAGACAGCGAUUCGUGAGCGUCCCAUGUUGAACCAUGGAUCCACCUAUUCCGAAACUAUCAUUGCGCACUAUGACUGCUCUGGACGUCCCAGAUAUCGGUCGACCGCAUCAGCUGAUGAGGCAGGACUCGUUUGGCCUGGUUCCACGUGGACGGAUUCCAUACUACCUUGUAUUAGAGUCUGUCUUGGAGCAACUCUGCAGUUUUUAUGAAAGUGAUGAUUCCCUUCGCAAAGAAUUAUUUGAAGGAGUGCGAAGGCGACUUUAUCAACUUAAGUUCUUAGAUCCCACUCCAGACCUGCAGGAGUUGUGCUCCCUUAGGGUGAAGUUUCGGCGUUCAUUCAGUUAUUUGAUUCAGAAUGUCAGGAGAGACAUUAGUGGACGGCUCAGUGACAGCUUGGUUUGCUUGCCUAGGCCACAGCUUGAUCUCGCACUUCACCAUGAUAAUGAAGUUGUAUGCCACCAAAAACGUUACGAAUAUGACUUUGAAGAAAUUGAAGAAAUUGCUCAAGGAGGAUUUGGAAUUGUGUGUAAGGCUAUGAGAAGAACAGACCGCCAGAUUUAUGCUGUGAAGAAGAUCCCCUUCAUGUACUUCAAUCUGAAGUUCCUAAAGCAGGUAUUAAGAGAAGUGGAGCUUUUGGCUCAGCUUUCUCAUUCUAAUAUUGUGGCCUACAAGUCGGCAUGGAUUGAAAACGUGACAGAUUUUAAGACAAAGUCAAGCACAGCCACUGUUGACAGCUCUCAAAGUACAGUUCUUAUCUCUUCUGGUGCUGGUGACAAGAAAAGCUCGCUGCCAAAUUUUGUUGAGUUGUCUACAUCUCUGGACACGGUACCAGCAGCAUAUCGGAAGCAGCUUUCUUAUAGCACUUCUGUUGAGACAAACCACGUUGAAGAUUUGGAUUGUUGUGAAAGUGAGCACUGUGUUUCACUGGAAGAGCCAAGCAAAGCGACUCUGGACUUCGUUUGUGGUAGUGCCUCUGCAGAGGGAUGGAAAUGUUCACGCCAGAGCUCGAAAAGUGAUAGUGAACUCAGAAAAGAUGCUGAUGGACAUAGCAUAAAUGGAAGAAAGACGUCAAGUGAUGUGGCCAGCUCCCCAGUCAUGAAGACUCCCCGAGAGCAUAUUUUCAGACUUCUUUAUUCUUCGGAUAUUGGAGGCAUGCUGUACAUUCAAAUGGAGCUAUGCUCCAAAAACCUUGCUGACUGGUUGGCCACACGUAAUCAGCAGCUAGCUGAACAAGAGUCAGCUGAGAGUAGCAUCAGCAUCAUUCCAGAAGCAAUGCACAUCUUCAAGCAAAUCUUGAAAGGGGUGGAGUAUAUGCAUUCCAAGGGAUUCAUUCAUAGAGAUAUUAAGCCCCAAAACAUCCUGUUUAAUUUGGAAGGUUCGUUGGUGAAGCUCGGAGACUUUGGCCUUGCCACUCGUAGUAACCAACAGGAGUCGUCCUCUCAUCAAUUACCAUGGGCACCUCACUCAAGUCAUACACAAGGUGUAGGCACCAGCCUGUAUGCCGCACCGGAGCAGUGUAAACAAGCCUCUUAUGACAGCAAGGUGGACAUAUACAGCUUGGGUGUUGUGCUGACAGAGCUACUGUGCCCAUUCUUCACUGUCCACGAACGCCUCACAGAGCUCACAAAACUCCGUAAUGGCAUUCUGCCAUCAGCACUAAAGGAAUAUUCACAGGACAUGGUGAUAGCCAUUUCAGCAAUGUGCCACAGUGAUCCUAAGGAAAGGCCAAGUGCAAAAGAACUCUUGAUUUCACCACUAUUCAUUGCCAAAGACAAGAUCAUCAAGGACUUAAGAGCUGAGGUGAAAGAAAAAGACAGAAAGAUAUCCAGCAUGGCAGAUGAAUUGUCUUUCUUAAAAAGUGAACUAUCGAAGCUGAACUUGGAACUGAAGUGGUAUCAAGAUAACUGUGGCUCUCUGCUGUUUUCACAAAGUGCCAGCAAGGAAAAUGCCGAUGAUGUGUGAUGUGCCUAUGAACACUUCAUGUGUUCAUGUACAUUUUGUGCCAAAGUUUUCCGAUAAUAAAAUCAUUUUUAGAUCUUGUUUCAA